GUUAAAGUUCAGGGCAUACGAAAAUAUUAACCCUCGGAAAAAAACAAAACAGGUGCUAAAUUUCCCCACUGAGUGCGACUCGCUUCUUCUUCUCCCACCAACCUUUGACCAUCAAAUUUCUAAUCCUUCCUCAAACACCAACAAGAAAAUCUCUUUCUUCCCCAAAUUCCAAAUUCCCACUCUGGCUUUUUUUCUUCCUUCAAUCACGCAGCCUCUCCCGCACUACGUGCUCCCCUCAACGCAGCGCUUAUUUCCCUUUUCCCUUUCUUCUUCUUCUUCUCCUUCUGCUUCCUGGCACGAUUUCUUCAUACCACUCUCUUUCUUAUCACUCUGUCUCUCUUUCCCUCCCUGGCUACAGUACCGCUUCAUUUCCCCCCUUCCCUCUUGGCUUUAUAUACCUCACCAGCUCACCUCCUCCUUCUUUCUACAAACAAUUUAAGCCAUUGGGACUCGAGAGCAAUUGUCCUCACUCGACUGCUUAGUCAGACAACGCCGUCGUUGUGCUAGCAUUAGGAAGCAAGAGGGGUCAGCCACUCUGAAACGCGUCCUGCCUUUACGUCUUCUGCUCGUUUGUCGAUGGGGCAGCUGGGUUUUGCAGCGUAGAAGGGUUUCUCGCUUGGGAGAGAGAGAGAGAGAGAGAGAGAGAGAGAGAAUCAGGUUAGUCUCUUUGAUUCUUCAUUGCCUAGAAGGCUAGAACUGUAUAAUUGACACUGUUUUCUGGUUCUGCUUAUUGGGUUGAGGAAUCAGGUGAGGGUUUUAGGUGAAUCUGUUGGGGAUUAAAAUAGUAGUUUUUCCUUGUUCCUGCUUUUGAUGCGCUUCAUCUGGGAAUCAAACAAACAAGGGGAAUUCACGGGAAAUGAUUAUCUUUUCCCCUUUUUGGAUGUACUUAAAGAAUUGGGUGUCGAUUACUUUUAAGGGUUGUGAAUUUAUAUUAUUACUUUGUUUGAGAAGGAGGAGUAUAGUUGAAGAAUGCAGGAUGGCAUUUACUAAUUUAGGUCUCUUCAGGAGGAGCAAAAUGCAGUUGUUGGGAGUGUUUGGUGUGAUUCUCUCUCUCUUUCUCCUCUAAAUGUAUAUAUUUUCCCCAUUCUCUGAGCAGUUUCAGAAGCUUGUCUAAUGGCUGAAAGUAGGGUAUGGAUUAUAGAAUUCAAAUUUUAGAAAGGAAUCUGUAGUCUGUAGGAAAUCUUGAGCUCAAGUUUGUUGCUUUUGUCUCUUUUCUCUUGUUAUCUUGUUGUUAAAGGUUGUUUCUGUCUCCUGGCAUUUGAUUCUUCAUGCUUUUUUUUCCCCCGAGUUUGAACGUUUGCAGUAGAUUCAUGAUGCAGCUCUAGUGGAGUGUUUCUGGUUAUUAUAUUAGCUAUUAUACUUCUCAGCUUCUUAUCCAUUUGAAGCUACUGGGACUCCAUCAUUCUGAAGCAACUAUGGCUCAGCUUAGUUGUAGCUUAUGAUUCAAUGUUGAAUCAUGUUUUUGUCUUGGUCUUACUUCUGCAGUGAGACUGUUCAUUGCGGCUCUAGCAGAGAGAGAAAGGGCUUGUUUGAAGAAGUACUUCUCUUCCAUGGUUACCAUGACCGCAUCCUCGGUCUCUAGAGAGGCUUCAAAUUAUGAUGAGGUCUCUAUGCAGCAGAGCUUGCUCUUCGCAGAUAGUCUCAAGGAUUUGAAGAAUUUAAGAACACAGUUGUACUCAGCUGCCGAGUACUUUGAGCUAUCCUAUACGAAUGAUGACCAGAAGCAAAUAGUGGUGGAAACGUUAAAGGAUUAUGCAAUCAAAGCUCUUGUGAAUACAGUGGAUCAUUUGGGUUCAGUGACUUAUAAGGUUAAUGAUCUCUUGGAUGAAAAAGUAGAUGAAGUUACUGGAACCGAGUUUAGAGUGUCCUGUCUCGAACAGAGAUUAAGGACUUGCCAAGAGUAUAUUGAUCAUGAAGGCAUUUCUCAACAGUCACUGGUGAUAAAUACGCCAAAGUACCACAAGCGGUACAUUCUGCCAGUUGGGGAGACAAUGCAAGGUUCCAUCCGUACUAAAGCAAAAUACCAAGGAUGCAGUCUAGAUGAUGAAGAUGAUUGGCGCCAAUUUAGAAGUGCUGUUCGAGCUACCAUUAAGGAAACACCACCAGCUUCAGUAAGCAAAGCUAGCACACCAUCGCCAUCUCCUCGAAUUCCUCAGCGAUCUUCAACCUUUUCCUUUACUGGCACGGCAUCGAAGAAAGAACUAGAUAAGCGAACAGUGUCACCACACCGGUUCCCUCUUCUGCGUUCUGGGUCUGUGUCAAGUAGACCAACGACACCAGGAGCAAGUAGACCUACUACACCAAGUGCUGCUUCCGCAGCAAGACGACGGUACCCAUCAGAGCCACGGAAAUCAUUGUCGAUGCGAGUCCCAGCCGAGAAGGAGAACUCUAAAGACAUUGAACAAUACCCAAGCAAAAGCAAACGCAUCCUCAAGGCUUUGCUUAGCCGGCGGAAAUCGAAGAAAGACGAGAUGCUUUAUACAUACUUGGAUGAAUAUUGAUGGGAAUACAAAGAAAAUACCGUUGAUGAU